UGCCGCGCAGCGGGCUGGACUCGAUGAGGAAUUGCACAGACCUCACUUCCAGUUCCAGUCAGUAGCCUAGUUCACUAGCUCCAAAAAUCUUAGACAUGGAUGACCCCCAAACAAAAUGGCUUCUUGCACAUUAGAAGAAAUAUCACGUCGGCAUUUAGUGGUGGUGCUCAGUUCUGUGCAUAUGGAGACAACCUUGACAUCGAUUACACAUAUCUUGCCUUUUUACUUGCGCCACAUCUUGCCAAAAUGAAAGAAAAAUCAGAAGCAGGGACUUCCAAAAAGCAGAAAAGUCCAAAUGUCGAUGCCAGUGGUUCGGUGACAGAGGAUUCAGGCGUCAGGGGGUCUGAGGACGAAAACCAAGACGAACCUAGUUCAAAUGACAUAUCCAAGAGACAAGAGGACUCUGAUAAACCGCCUACCGGGACCAGCAUCCUCAACGGCGAUGCCAAGGGAACAGCUUACGCCCACCAUCUAAAAAAGGAAGUACCAGUGAUUGAACUCACCAGGAGGGAUGAUAUAAAAGGAAGAAACCACUGGACAGAGCAGCAUAAGGUGCAGACAACGGAACUGUGCAGGCCACCUAUUUCUUUGCCCCUGCCGCACCGAGACGCACCAAACGACACUCGAAUGGUUCAGCUGAGCCCUACCGCUUUUCCUCUCCCGGCAAGAGCGAUGCUCUACAAUAACGUUACGCAGUCGCUCGCCACAAUUAACAGUGCCUUUGGCGGUGAGUUGGAGCAGUAUGGAAUGUAUCCUGGUAGCAGGGUAAAGCGCAGACCCGCGCCUUACGAGGUUGAACUCGACGAGGGUAGGCGAUUUUUAGAUCUUUAUAAGUAUGCUGGGGAGCCGAAGAUCGUGCGGCGCAUCUUCACCAACAGCCGCGAACGCUGGCGCCAGCAAAACGUGAAUGGGGCGUUCGCCGAGCUCCGCAAGCUCCUCCCGACCCACCCACCCGACAAGAAGCUGAGCAAGAAUGAGAUCCUGCGCCUGGCCAUGAAGUACAUCAACUUCCUCACCAAGCUCCUCAACGAUCAGGACAGCGGUGGCGAGGGCAUCGUGAUGACGGGCACCGACGAAGACGACGCUCACGAAAUUUCAGCUGUUGGUCAGGGCCGGGGAGUGGGGGUGGUGGUGGCCAACUGUGGGGGGGACGGAGGCGGCAGCGGCGGGCUAGUCAGAGAGGAUCUGCUGCUGCAGGAGGCGCUGUCCCCCGGCUCCAGCUGUGGUAGCCUGCUGGACGGAGACGGCAGCUCGGAGGGGUACGCCGAAGAGCAGGACUCACCUCCUGCCCAGCCUGCGCUGCUGAGCAGGGGGGGGCAGCACCCGCACUCGGCACGGACACACGACGGCCAGGGCCAGCGAUGAUGCCAGCGGGCGCUGAGACCACAGGAGACGCACAUACUGGAUACCAACUGAUAUGUGAAGGAUGAGCAGUUUUUUUUCACUAAGUCAGUCAAGCUGUCCUUGAAAUCCUAAAGUUCAUUUCCCAUCUGAGAUCACCUAGCACUCAUGUAUAUUGAAGUUGAAAGUUGAAAGUCUGAUUCUACUGGUGGGAUGCCAAGACCACAAAAGGCAGUCAUGUCUGACAUCAGCAUUUCCAUGAUACCUGCACAUUUGGCCCUCUCCAUCAUCUAAGCCUACACUAUGUUACUGGCAGAACAACCUAAUAGCUGUACCACUCACACCACACAGUAAACAUCAAGACCUACAGUAUUAGAAGCUUUUGUGCAAUUGAUGCCAUACAAUAAUUUCCAUAAGGCCAGACAAGGUUCGCAACUUUGAAGAUUGAAACAGUGUCAUUAUAACUGGCAUCAUAAUUACAGUACAUAACUUGGAUGGAAAGUAUUUAUAUAUGUAGUGCAUUUUAUGAUGGCUGCCAUCCCACAGCAUCAUGGGGGUAGAGCUAAGGGAACAAAAAAGUGAUGAUGUUGAUAGGUUGUUUGGAGGUUUUAUGAAGAAAAACAUCCUUGUUAAUGUCACCUAAUCAGUCCUUAGUAUGCCAAAAAAUUAAACAACUUGUCUUUAGAUGACUCUCCAUGAUUCCUAACAUUUCAGUUUUUAUAAUUUUAUGCCGGUAUAAUUCUGUUAGUCUGCUCUGCACCAAGCAUUACAUUGAUCUGUUGGUUAGUACAAUAUUUUUUUCCGUAAAUAAACAAUACCUAGCUGGCAUGGUACCAAGCAGUCUGCAAUGCAGCAUAUUCAACCAUAAGCUUCUAAUUCCAUUGUGAAAAUCCGGCUACUGACACAAGGAUGGGUCUUCAGAUCCAGUUGAAGUUGAACGAAAGCAAACAGAAUCAACAGAAUAAAUGAUCAAAAUACACACAGAAAUACUUGUUAGACCAAUAAUAUAUUUAUCAUUAUAUACAAUAAGUCAACACUAUGAGAGCCAAUGUACACUAUUCAGUUUCUGUUAUGUACAUGUGUCGAUACACAAGGGCCACAGAGUGAAUAGAAGUGGAAUAUGCAUCGGUUUAGAUACAGUUUUUUGUUCUUUCACUUGGCACGGUCACAAACAUUGCUGUAUACUUACACAUGUGGCACAAUUAUUGGUUUAGUGAUGAAAUCAUAUAUUUACAAGCAGGCAUACAACCAACCUGGACACCCCUUUCAUUAUUCAAAUAUAACCAGGGAUAUGUAGGGAUGGUUUUGCUUAUCUCUGUAUACGGGGCUUAUAUUAUGGAUUUUUUUGUGUUUUUGUUUUUUAUUGACAAAUUACUGUACUAGAUGUUUGGUGGGGUUGUUUGAAGGUCUUAUUUCAGGUGCGCAUGAGCAAUCCAGGAACAGACGUCUGCCGAAGUGGUGGCCCAAGAGAGAAAGAGCCAGUAGCUAUGUCUGUCUUGUCUAGCAGUAGUCAUGCCUUCACUGUGCAUUCAUACACAGUUUGGCACAUGCAUUGUUUUUGUCAUUGCCUUUUGAGUAUCUCUAGUCACAUGAGUCCCAUUUACCAUAAUCACCCAUCUUUGAUUCACAAUACAGCUUUGAAAUGUGUGUGAGUCCGGAUUAAAUAGGUACCGCCAUUUUAUUUUGAACACCAAAAAGGUACAACAACACACCAUCACCAUCUGUAAAUUAGAAAAAUAUGUCGCUGUAACAAGACUACUUGUGGCUUCAUGGCAGAUUCUGAUGUACUUACUACGUAGUGAGAAUGUACAGUAUGAUGUUGAAACGUUUAUUCCAUGUUUUAGUGAUUUGUGUAGGCAUAUCCUUUUUUUUUGUCCAGGCAAAUAGUAUAAAAAUAUGUGGGUGCUUUCCAAAUGAAUUUCCUUUCCAAAUUUACAUGUAAAUAUUUUUUUCAAUGUAUUCAAUUUAGUGAACUAUAAAGUUACCCACAAGGAAAUUUGGAGAAGAAAAUGGGACUCACAGAAAGUAUAUACAGGUCCGGUUGUAGAUAUACCGCAAGUCAAGAUUUCUCCUUUUUCUUUCAAUUUCAAUUUUUGAGUCUAGUUAGAGGCUACAUUUUUUUUCCUGUACCACUUGCCAUCAUAAUACCCCCACCCCCCCCACCCCCCCCAUGAUUCCUGACUAUUUACUGUAUUAUUAUAUUAUAAAAAUCUAUAAAUCAUUGGAUAUUAAAAUAACAAGAAUGCUUUGUAAUGACCUGUAAGGUACACAGAGGAGGUCAAAAGAGAAAUGUAGAUUUUUUAUUUUCAUAUUAGUGUACAUGUAUUAGAUGGUACAUUCCUCCUAUUUACACGUUCCUAAAUAUUUUCUCUUGAUGAUUGUGGUAUUUCUUUACACCUCUUUGUAGUCAAUUUACCCUAGGUACACAGCAGCAUACUUUUAUGUUUUACACUGGAGGUUCUCUCAGUUUUGUAAUAAAUAUAUAAAUAAACAACCCUGAUUGUUCUUUGAUAAAUAUCUGUGAGCAUAUUGUUAUGCAACAUUAUUAGGAAUUAUCUUUAUAUAAAAUACAAUAAAGUAUGAUUAUGUUGACA